UAUAACGUUGCCUCGUAUCAAAGAAUAAUUUUAAAGGGUACAAUUCUUCCUUCGUGCAGGACUUUGAAAACAUUUCCUCUAUCUUUUGCGAUGAAAAAUAUCAGAUGGUCAAUUAUAAUUUUUUUAAGAAAUAUCGCAACACUUUUAUCAAUACUGUACAAUACUAUAGAAGAAAAGUAGAUGGUUUACAAGUGCCCUUGACCGUUUUAACGUGACGGUAUUGUUGGUUGCUCUAACAUUCAACAUGGCCACCUGAUACUAUGUAGCAGACGAUACAGGUGGUAUGAAAAAUUGUAAAUAAAAUUCAGUACUAUCUUUAAUUAUGAGUGGACGUGUGCAAAAAGAAAGUGGCGAUGAUUCUGAUCGUAUCGAUGAUGCAGUGGAUCCUAGAGUUCAGAUUGAACUUGAAAGAUUGAAUACUGCUACUGAUGAUAUCAACAAACUUGAAGUUGAUUUGGAUGAAGCGAGAGCAACAUUUAGAGAAUUACUUUGUGAAUCUACAUUAAAAAUUGAUACCUUAGCUAAAAAACUUGGUACAUGCAUAGAAAAAUCUAGACCGUAUUAUGAUGCCAGAUUUAAAGCAAAAGAAGCUUUACAUGAAACACAAAAGGCUGCAAUUAGAUUUGAAAGGGCAAAUAGUCAGCAUGCAGCAGCAAAAGAGAUGGUUUACCUAGCUGAAGAAGGAUUAAGAACAGAGGGAAGAUGUUUUGAUCAUGCUUGGCAGGAGAUGUUAAAUCAUGCAACUGCCAGAGUUAAUGAAUCUGAACAUGAAAGAGCUUUAUCAGAAGCAGAACAUAGACACACUACUGCUUUAUAUCAUAAAGCAGAACAUGAAGUUCAAAGAUUGCAACGUGAACUAAAACGUGCAAUUGCUAAAUCUAGUAUGGGUGCACGUCGCAGCUUGCUUCUGAUAAACAGUAUCGCCUACAGGCACAACUUGCUCAUGUUGCCAUAUUAUGAAAUGAAAGCGCAUUUUAAUCAAAUGCUGGAAGAGCAAAAGCUAAGAGUAAGUGCAUUAGAAAGAUCAGUGGGUGAAGCUAAAAUGACUUAUGCUGAAGCAUUGAGAAAUUUAGAAAAAAUCAGUGAUGAAAUUCAUAGGACUAGAAAGUAUGAUGGAGUAGAUGAUUUUGAUAAAUCUCGGGAUACCAUUGACCAGCCUUCUCUACAACCAAAUGCAGGAACUCCGACUGAUUCUAGUGUUACUGGAUCACCUGACAGUACAGAUUAUACUAGCGACGAAUACUUACGCCUUCCUGACAAGCUGAGUCCUAGUACACAAUGUCCUAUCCCUGCAAGAAUUAAUAGAGAACCUUCUUCCGAAUAUUUGGGCCUAAGUAACUUGAAUCUUUCAUCGACAGAACCACGGAAAUAUAUAAAGCGAGACCGUCCAAAAAGCAUUGCAACAACUGAUACAAAACAUAUCAUAACAUUAAAUCAAACAAGCUCUUCAACCUCACGAUUGUCAGACUUAUCAAAUAUUCUUUCUCCAAUAGAGAAACGAGUGAAAAUACAAACACCAGUGGAUUUAAAAAACACUAAUACUACUGUACAAAAUGGAGAGGAAUGGACAGAAAUUAGCUUAAAUAAUUCUCCAGAUGAGGUAUAUUACAAUAAUGAAGUAUACUCGGACGAAGAAGAUCAAAUUCCUUAUAAGCCGUUACCAAUGGAUUUGAGUCCUGAAAGUAACAAUCCACCUACCAACAGUGCAAAUAUUCAAUUAUUCAGUGAAACAACUAGUCAAAAGAAAUUAGUAACACAAAAGUCAUUACCUACCAUGCCGAAAGGAAACGAAGUUAGUUUAAGCAGUGAAAAAAAAGCAGAAGUAACAAGAAGUCCAUCAGUAAAAAGUAAAAGCAAACUCGAUAGUAGUUUAGCUAAUUGGAUAACCAGAAGUUCAGCUGGCGGCGAAGCUAGUGGAGGUAGUUCAACAAGCUCGAGUAGAAGACAGUCUCUUGAUAUGUUAUGGAGCGCUGGUACAGGAGAACGGGUAAAAGAAUUCCUCAAUCACGGAAUGAUGAUGUUGAACAUAUCUAGCCUUACAGAACGACGUUCUAACGAACCAAAGAUAACAGAGAGAGACAAAGAAAAAUGUGAGAAAUUUGAGAAAAUAGAAGGAAAAGGAAAGAAAGUUCCUAGUCCAUUAGAAAAAACAAUGACCUAUCUUAAUGCUGACGAAGAAACAUCCGAUAGUGAAAGCUUAGCAAGUGUGGAAAUGUUAACUGAGGAUCAGAUUUCUUCGCUCAUGAUGGAACCUGACAUGAAUCAAGUAUGUCAAGAAAUUUUAGGGACACCUUUAGUUGAAGUGUGUCCGUUAUUACAGCAAUUGCAACAACAACAAUAGCACUCUUUUUCUUGACGUUACUGAUUUAAUCAAGUUGAAAAAGAUACAACCAUAAAAAAUGUUCAGAAUGAUAAAGAAACGAAUUAAUUAAGCCAUAAUAAGGCUUUAUUUAUUAUGAAAAUUAGUGUAUAAUUAGUUCCUGCAUUUUUAUUACGCAUAUAUAUUAGAAAAAAUUAAUUUUCGAGCAUAGAUCUUUUUCUCGUACUUGAGAGAAUUAUCACAAUUCGAAUUGCUCCAUUAAAUUGUUAUAUACAACAUUUCACUCAAAUUAUACAUGAUUUGUACAUAUAUGACAUUCAUAGAAGUUUUAAAUAUCAUAUAUCGUUAUUUAGUUUUAGUUAUUGUUUUAUGCAAUAUUUAAUCAGUAAAAGAAGCAAUAUCUAACAAGUUUUAAAUGAUUAUGUAUUAAAAAUAUUUUUAUUUAUUUUCAUAGUAGAGUAACUGUGAGAAGAAGAAAGUAUGUGAGAAAGAAAAAGAGAGAGAGAGAGAAAGAAUGAGUGAAAGAAAUAAUUUUUCCAUCAAAGAUCCACAGACUAGAAAAUCUUUUAUCUUUCUGCGUUAAGAAUACAGCUAUAUAAGCAAUUCGUUUUUUAUAUUGCCAAGUAUGCAAGAGCAAAUGCCAGUCGAAAAUUAAGGUAUAACAAUUAUAAUCUUCUGCUAAAUAGACUUAUUUAAGUAAGAUAA